UUAUAUAAAACUAUAAUGUUUUUUUGUCUUACAUAAGAUUUAUUGACUACAUUUACCUUUCUACUUCCGUUUCCAAUAUGUGUGUGCAUGCUGUGGAGUGAAGGGUAAACUUUAUCACGGUGCUUGUGUUAUCACUUAUCUUUAAAAGCCUGGAUGCAGACUUCUGUUUAAAAUGGGAAAGCCAUUGACAUUAAUAAGUUUGUGUUAAAUAAGCGAUGUGUUAAAAGGAAUUGUUUAGUGUAGAAACCAAAGACAUGCCAGGUGUUGGUAAUGGUGGGAACCUGCGACCGGGAGCCAGUUUGUUACAUUAUGUGAGAUGGGAACAUCUUCUCGCCGGUGUCAGUGGCGGGGUUAUAGCCACUCUCGUCCUUCAUCCUCUAGAUCUCGUGAAAAUCAGAUUCCAAGUGCACGAAGGUACUGUGGCUACAGUGUCAAGACCAAGGUAUAAUGGAAUCAUGGACGCUUUUCUACAGAUUAUUCGUAAAGAUGGAGUUACAGGGAUUUACAGAGGAGUGGUGCCCAAUGUUUGGGGUGCUGGAAUGUCCUGGGGAUUCUACUUCCUCUUCUAUAAUAGUCUCAAGACUUGGAUGCAAGAUGGAGACUCUCGUUUGAACCUUGGUCCAGCCAAACACAUGCUUGCUGCUUCUGAAGCAGGUCUUCUUACUCUGAUCCUGACCAAUCCUAUUUGGGUUGUAAAGACAAGAAUGUGUCUACAGUACGAAAAGCAAGCAGGGUCCAAUCAAAACUACAAAGGCAUGUUUGAUGCCCUCACCCGGAUCUUCCAGAAUGAGGGUUUCAGAGGUCUAUAUCGGGGUUUCCUGCCAGGAGUGUUUGGGAUAUCACAUGGUGCGAUUCAGUUCAUGGCUUAUGAGGAAAUGAAGUCCCAAUAUAAUGUGUACAGAGAUCGCCAUGUUGACUACCGUUUGAAAUCCUUGGAAUACCUAGUGUUCGCAGCCUUAUCCAAGAUAAUUGCAGCUAGUACAACAUAUCCCUACCAAGUGAUUCGGUCACGACUACAGGACCAGCAUAGACAGUACACCGGAAACCUAGACAUUAUACGGCAAAUAUUCCGGUAUGAGGGGGUUCGAGGCUAUUACAAAGGGUUUGGUGUUUACCUCUUGCAUGUGAGGCCAAACAUAUGUAUAGUGUUCCUUCUCUACGAAUACGUGUCCACCUGGAAAAAAAACAAACGUGUAAGAGACCAGGAUCAGAAGAACAAGUGGAGUUGAUAAACAUUCACAUUCUAGUGUUCAGGGUACAUGUAUUUUCAAAUUGAAUCAUCAGAAGCAUAAGAGUUUGGAUGAUAAAGAUCAUUGAAGACGAAUCAUUGCAAGAGUUUGAAAGAUACAGAUCUGAAUUUUUUUAAGGUCAUCACAGUAUACUACUCAACAAUCCUGAUUUCUCCUGUAAUUCUCCCGUUUUAUCUUCAUUUAAUAGUCCAAAAGCUUUGUUGAUAACGAAUCAAAGUUACAUACAUUUACAGGUAGCAUACACUGUAGAUUGCAGCUAUCUAGACAUUGAAACUGUGCCAAUCCCGAAAUUAUACAGUUUUGAAAAUAAAACUGUACACAAUUGAUAGCAAUGAUAAGUAAUAUUUUGUAAUAGAAGCAUGACAAUCAGCAGUAACUUAUUUUUGUGAAUAAUGUAGGAUACAUUUAGUUUGUGGAAGACAAUCAGUGUCUGUGAUAAAUUUUACAUUAAAAAAAAUGUGAUUCUUUUAGAUUGAAGAAUGUUGCUUUUAAUGUGUUUUCGUUAUCUAUUUUAAUCAUGUAUAUAAAAAAAAUCACCCAUAUUAGUUAAUGUGAUAUUUUGGUGAAUUUUCCAUAAAGAGCAUUUCAUUCCAUUCUAACUAGAGGUUAUGCAAUUGUGAUAGGAUACCUUUGUAGCACCUAAGUCUUCAUAGUUCUUGUUUUAAGUGUGAUAUUUGAAGUUUCACAAUUUGAGCUUAAUAGGCCCUCUUGUUCUAAAUAUGUUGUCUUGUUCUGUCAUCAUAAUUAUAGCUAAUUUAUAGAAGAUAAUAGAGUUUAAGUAAUUUAAAUGUGAUAAAGUUUCUGUUAAAUGUAUAUAUAAUUUAAGUAGUGGGUUUUAGUUGUCCUAUGCUGUCCUUUAUUGAUCAUCUGGUCAGGAAUCCUCUAUCAAAUAGGGUUUUUAAUUAGAAUAUUAUGUAUGCUCAAGGCCACAGGGACCUGUAGUGAAUUGCUUUCCUUAACAUAGUUAAGUGAUUACCUCCUGUGUAUAAGGUUGACAAUUUGCUACUGGUCCCUGUACUCAAGGCCUGCUUCUCCAACAAAGACUAAUUAUGAUGUUUUGAAAUAAGAUGUUAUAUAUUUUUAUGCACUACCAAAAUUUACUUACUUUAUGCUAUUUAGUGUGAGCUUGGAAUUUUAUCUUUUUAAUUCAAAGUGGG